UGUGAGUCAUAACGUGUCUCUCAUAACGUGCCAACUGGAGGGAGUCUGGCUGGAUAGGGUGUGGCACAGACCUGUCCCCUGCAGGUGUGCAGGCAGAAGGACACGAAACACGAGACGAAACAGACGAGACAUCCUCCGAGCACCUUCGUUCUUCGGUUCCACCUGGGUUUAUCCCCUGACAGGAGACUCAGAGGAAGAUGAACUGGGGCUUUCUGGAGAACGUCCUCAGUGGCGUGAACAAGUACUCCACUGUGAUCGGGAGGAUCUGGCUCUCCGUGGUCUUCCUCUUCAGGAUCCUGGUGUACGUGGCGGCGGCCGAGCAAGUGUGGAAGGACGAGCAGAAGGAUUUUGUGUGUAACACCCAGCAGCCCGGCUGCGAGAACGCCUGCUUUGACCAUUUCUUCCCCAUCUCACAGGUGCGUCUGUGGGCUCUGCAGCUCAUCAUGGUGUCCACCCCAUCCCUGCUGGUUGCCCUGCACGUGGCCUACAGGGAGCAUCGCGAGGCCAAACACAAGAGGAAACUGUACAAGGACAAAGGGAGCAUUGAUGGAGGUCUGUUCUGCACCUACACAGUCAGCCUGGUCUUUAAGAUCGCCUUCGAGGUGGGCUCCCUGCUCGCUUUCUACUUCCUGUACAACGGCUUUGAGGUGCCCAUACUGCUCCCCUGCAGCCAGAGUCCCUGUCCCAACACGGUGGACUGUUACAUCGCCAAAGCCAAAGAGAAGAAGAUAUUCCUCUACAUCAUGGGCUGCACCUCCAUGCUGUGUAUCGCUCUGAAUCUUGUGGAGCUCAUGUACAUUAUAUGGAAGCGGCUGUGGAAAUGUUUUACCAGGCGGUACAUCCCCGUGGAGGAGAGCGCGCUCAGCCACAGUCGGCAGCAUGUUUCCAUCGGCAACAAGUUUGCCUCCGCCGGGCCCGCAGAAAACACAGAGGACAGGACCUCGCAGCCUGCAUCCGCUGUUGCCGAAAACCAGCCUGUCCAGUCCUAGAAGGCUGAGACUGACUCACACUUCAGGUUCCCAACUCAAAACGAAACCACAAUGAAAUCUGUGUUUACAUGACGGACUAAUGCUGCUGACAGGUCCUGUUAUUAUUCCUGAUAUUAGGACUAAUAAUAAGACCAUCAACAACAGUAAUAAAACCAUCCCUAUUCCUACUCCUAUUAUUGUCUUAUUCCUAUUAGUGUUAUUGUCUGGUUCUGUUCAAGGUUUCUACCUGUUAAAGGCCGUUUUUCUCUCCACUGUUGCCAAGUGCUGCUCAGGGGGAAAUGUUGGGUUUUAUUUAUUCAGAUUGUUUGGAUAUAAUCUAAAGCAACACAUAGCACUGAUCACUGUGUGUGAUGGAUGUAUAUUUAUUAAUGUAUACCAAACUUUUUUAUAUCAGGGGUUUGUUUAGAAUUGUGACUAAUUACAUUUUAGAUCAUUCACGCAAUUCAAAUGCUACAAUUGUUCUUCUUAUGAACACGUUUCGUGCAAUAAUAAAUGUAGAAUUUCUACACACACCCUGAACUGAACCUGCUCUUCCUUCUCUGCUCUCGUUAAAACAUUAUUUAGCAGCUUCUCUGCCUGAGCUGCUGCUUUGAUUGACAGUUUGUCAGACUGUGUAUUAAAGCAGGAUAGAGCUCUGAGUACAUGUCUUUUGUUUAG